UCGGCAGCGGCUGGACAUGCACACCCAGCGCCGGCUCCGGGAGCGUACGCAUGCAGGUAGCGACACUCACCUGAGCGGGUGCACAGAGCUCCAGCCGCCUUCGGAUCCGCAGAGAGGCGGCCUGCGCCAGGAAGGGGUCCUUUGCGCGGCCGCAGUGGGGAAAGCCAGCGCAGACCUGCGAAACUGAGGUGAUGGCGCGUUUUCCUUAAACCCCCUCCUUCGGCAUCGUGGCCCCCGCGCCUGGUCGGCUGCAGCGGGAGAAACCCGAAGAGAGGGAGCCCCCAGCGCGACGCACGCUCGGAGGAGAGCGCGUCGAGAGGGGCGCGGCGGCGCCGGCGCAGGAAACUUGGGCGAAGUUAGUUUUAAGUGCCGGGCGGCGGCGGAGGGAACGCGGCCCGAGACGCCGCGCGGAGGCUGCGCCGCCCUCCACGCCCGGGGUACUUCGGGGCCAGGGUCGGCCGGCCCUCCUGGGGGGCCUCGGAGCGAGCGGAGUCAGCAUGGCCCGGGGGACCGCCCGACACCGCGCUUGGGCGAGCCAGGAGAAUUUCCUCUGAGGCCGGUGACCCCAAGCCUGCUCAAGCCUACCCAGCCUCCUUCCUCACCCCUCCAGCGCAAAGGACGGAGAGGAAGACUCGAAAGGCAGGUGCUGGGGGAACAGCACCCCCCCCCCCAAAAAAAAAGCCCCAGCCGAUAGGUGGGUUUCCAUCAGCGCCCGAAGCCAAGAAGACCGGCUGGCGCUGCUGUAUUUGUAUUUAUAUCCAUUGCCGAGCUCGGCGUUCCCGUGGCGCGCCCGGACCCUCCUCCGCCUCCCCCUCCUCUUCCAUCGGGGCCACCUCCCCUCCUCCUCCUCCCCCACCCCCAUCCGCUUCUGUCAAAUGAGAAAGUCACCGAGGAGAACCCAAACACUCCAGCCGCCGAGAGCCCCCUUUGGCACUUGGCAGCACGCGGCGGCGGGCUCCUCGGUUCAACUUGGUAGAGCCUCCGCCACGCAACUUUCGGGACUGCUUUGCAUUUAGGAGAGAGAAGACGGAGGCGGGGGGAGCUUGCCAGGCAGCCGCGACCUGCGGGGAGAUCGAGCAGACUCAACCGGAGAGGACAAAAAAGAAGCCGAGGACAAACUGCCACCGCGGUGUGGGAGCACCGCCGAGAAGUUCUAGAGUCCCAGAGAGGAUUUUCCCGAGCGCUCGGCGGGAGAAUAGCAAGGCGGCCGGGAGUGCGGCGCCGCGGCCCUGGGCUGCUCCCCCAGCCCCCUCCUCCCGCGCGGGAGCGACGCGGGGGUGCUCGCCGGCCGGCCGAGCGGGUUCCCGCGGGCAGCCAACAUUGAUUUCCUCCGGGCCGAGGGCGAGGGCCCGGGCGGCGGCGGCGGCGGGCUGCAGCCGCGGCACAGUGAAAGCAUGUCCAAGCCGGUGGACCACGUCAAGCGGCCCAUGAACGCCUUCAUGGUGUGGUCGCGGGCUCAGCGGCGCAAGAUGGCCCAGGAGAACCCCAAGAUGCACAAUUCGGAGAUCAGCAAGCGCUUGGGCGCUGAGUGGAAGCUGCUCACGGAGUCGGAGAAGCGGCCGUUCAUCGACGAGGCGAAGCGCCUGCGCGCCAUGCACAUGAAGGAGCACCCCGACUACAAGUACCGGCCGCGGCGUAAGCCCAAGACGCUGCUCAAGAAGGACAAGUUCGCCUUCCCCGUGCCCUACGGCCUGGGCGGUGUGGCUGACGCCGAGCACCCGGCGCUCAAGGCGGGCGCCGGACUCCACGCCGGGGCAGGCGGCGGCCUGGUGCCCGAGUCCUUGCUCGCCAACCCGGAGAAGGCGGCCGCCGCUGCAGCCGCCGCCGCCGCGCGCGUCUUCUUCCCGCAGUCGGCCGCAGCCGCCGCCGCCGCUGCAGCAGCCGCUGCAGCUGGCAGCCCCUACUCGCUGCUCGACCUGGGCUCCAAGAUGGCAGAGAUCUCGUCGUCGUCGUCCGGCCUCCCGUACGCGUCGUCGCUGGGCUACCCCACCGCGGGCGCUGGCGCUUUUCACGGCGCAGCGGCCGCGGCUGCAGCGGCGGCCGCGGCCGCCGGGGGGCACACGCACUCGCACCCCAGCCCGGGCAACCCGGGCUACAUGAUCCCGUGCAACUGCAGCGCGUGGCCCAGCCCUGGGCUGCAGCCGCCGCUCGCCUACAUCCUGCUGCCGGGCAUGGGCAAGUCUCAGCUGGACCCCUACCCCGCGGCCUACGCCGCCGCGCUAUGACCCCGCGGGGCCGCCUCGCGAGGACCGGUGUGCACACGUGUACAUAUGUAUAGGUACGAGUUCCGCGGCCUCCGGGUGCGCCCUCUGGCCACUGGGGGCCCGGUUUGUAUAUACAUACAUAAGAUGUAUAGGUGCCAGGCACAGGCAGAGAUGCCAGUCGGAGUGCGAGUGGCAGAGCGCGCGAGGGCGCGGGCGAGUGUGCGUGUGAAUUCACAGGAUCAUUUCCGACCCGCACUUCAGCAGCCAACUUUAAAGAGAGCGGUUGUAUCCGGCAGCAGUUGGUAUUUGCUUUGCACUUCGGAACCUGUUGCGUUUUGACCCACAGAGGUGGAGGAGUAACUUUUUGACAUGUUGGGCUUUCCAGUUUUGUUGUUGGAAGUUUUAUUGUCGAUUUUGCUUUUGUUUCUCUUUCCUUUCCUUUCCGCCCCUCCGGUCUGCGUUGCAUGCACUCUGUUCAAAUGUUAGGUCUGAAACGGCUGGCACAGGGGAAAAGCUGAUCUGUGUCAUUAGCUUCUCCGGAGCGGGAGAUGGCUCUGAGCUGCCUUGCUCCCUAUUUGUACUAUUUGAACUUUGUAGAUCUCUGUUCUCCCUAGCAGAAUACCCAGACCGGAUCCAUUCUUGACCAGUGACCAGCUCGAAUCUGGCCUUUUGUAUGUGAGACGAUCACGGUUUCUUUUGUUUAUUGCCACAUGCAAAUCAGAGCGAGAGCUCUUUCUCAAAAGAGCAAGAAAUCUAAACAAGACACUUGUGUGAGAUGAAAGUUGUCAAUUGAAUUUUAUCCCCCUUAAGAAAAAAGCUAAGUCUCUCAGAGUCCACUGGUUUGGAUUUUUGACACGGUUUACAAAAGGGGAAAAGAGCACUUUUCCUCUUGUGGCUGAAAUCACCUUAAGAUUGUAAAUGUGUAUAUGUCAGUGAAAACAUUGAGUCUUGGAAAAUGUGUUAUUUUUGUUCCCCUAAAUUUGAGUCAGUUUUAGACUCAAAAACAUUUGAGCAAAUGUCAAAGUUAACUUAAGUAUUGCGGAACUGUUUCAGAAUCGCAAUUUUAUCUAAGAUUAAAUCAGACUUUUUGUCUGAGUGGCAAUUAGAUAUUUAUUAUUUAGGAAAACUGAAAAAAAAGCACAGAAUUGUUUUUGACAGAUGCCUACAUUUCCAGUUGUCAUUUCUCUUCCAACUUGAACCUUUUUAAUGUGUUUUGGAGUUCCCUCUUGGAUUAGUUUAUUUUUUAGAUCACCUGCAAUUCAUUUGCAAAUUAUGAUAAAACACAUUUUAGCAAAAACAACCUUCCUCAAUUAAAGUUUUUUUGUUUCUUUUUAAAUGUAUAUAUUUUGACUAAUGUUUGUGAAUGAAGUUGGCUAACAUGUAUUUAGUUUCAUUUUGGCUUUAUGUAAUAUAAAGUUUUAAAAAGUUUAAAUAUUGGUUUUAACCUUUAUGUGUAAAUGGUUUCUUGUGUGAUCUUCUAAUUUAAUAUUAGAUGCGUCUAAGCUAUAUCUGUAAAUUAGAAUCCGACUAUCACUCUGUUCAUUUUUUUUGAACAAAGAGUUUAAAUAAAGCCUGAACCAGGGAA